AUGGACUUCCCACCAAGCCGUCUCCGGCUAUCCAACUUCUACCACACAGAUGGAGAGCACCAUGGUUCUACUAAUGCGACAAACAAAUCGUACCUUUUGAGUGAGGAUCCGAAUGUAUUUGAUGCAGCACUUUUCAAUCUCAAUGGCCUUGAAGCGCAGACCAUGGAUCGGCAACAUCGGAUCCUUCUCGAAACGGUCUAUGAAGGGCUGGAGCGUGGCGGCUGCAGCCUGGACGGCAUCCAAGGGACCAAAACAUCAGUUUUUGUCGGCGUGAUGAACGCCGAUUACUACGACAUCCAGCUGCGGGACACGGAGACUAUAGCUCGGUAUAACGCGACUGGAACCGCAAGAAGUAUUAUAUCAAACCUAAUUUCGUACCUUUUUGACUUGAAAGGAGCAUCUAUGACUAUUGACACAGCCUGCUCUAGCUCACUCGUUGCCUUGCACCAGGCCAUCGGAAACGCCCUUGCUCAUGGAGGCACUGUCGUGGUUGUCCCGCAGAGUGUCCGGGGGGACCCUGUUGCGACAGCGCAGUUGAUGCUUCAGGAGAAGGUUACUUUCAUGAUUGGGACGCCGUCUGAGUACCUGAUGCUCCUUCAACAUGCCGGUGACUACCUCCGUCAAUACAGGGACUGGCGACAUGCCUGUCGCGGUGGUGAGUCGGUGACAGAGCCACUAAAGCGUGAGUUCCGGCGCUUAUCUCCUUACUGUCCCAAUGUGACUGAUUGCUAUGGGCCAACGGAAACUUCCGCUGCUACUUCAUCCAACACGCUUGACUUGCACCGGGAUGCAGCCAAUGAAUAUUCGACGGCUGGAAGGCCGAUUCCCAAUUCGACUAUAUACAUCUUAGGUGGGAAUGGGGAACUCGUCCCACCGGCCUUCGUUGGCGAAGUAUGCAUUGGUGGUGUCGGGGUCGCCCUCGGGUACUGGAACCUGCCAGACCUUGACAAGCAAAAGUUUAUCCAUGACCCUUUUGCAUCUUCAGCAGACAGGCGCCUGGGCUGGACGAGGCUAUAUAAGACGGGCGAUUGUGGGAGGCUGGGGCCAGACGGGGGCUUGAUAUUUAUGAGCCGACUCGAUGGUGACACACAGAUCAAGCUACAUGGCUUACAGAUCGACCUCGAAGAGAUGGCCAACACCCUGCUUCAAGUCGCCGCCGGACUGCUUUCAGACACGGUGGUGUCGGUACGGGGGGGCCCAGAAUUCCUUGUCGCUCAUGCAGUACCGGCCAGGGGUCAAAAGGUGACGAAUAGCGAUCUCGAGUCGUUCAAGAAAUCCUUGCCGCUACCCCAAUACAUGUGUCUGGCAGCUAUAGUGCUACUUGAUCGUCUUCCCACCACUCCGAAUGGGAAGGUCGACUGGAAAGCUUUACAGGAUAAGCCUCUGCCUACUCAGACCGACUCCUCAUUUCCCACUGAGACUCUAAGUGCUGCAGAGGGGGAGCUCCGCCUGAUCUGGCAGGAUGUCCUGCAGCAGGUCACUCAGACCGGGCGAAUUGAUCCACGAAUGGACUUCUUCAUGGCGGGCGGCAACUCCCUGCUCCUGGUCAAACUCCAGGUAGCGAUCAAGAAUGCAAAUGGCUUAUCCAUCGCCCUCAAGGAUCUGUACCGGUGUUCUACGUUGCGACGGAUGGCUACUCUCAUUGAUGACGAGAAGAAGAACCAGCCCUUCUCCGAGACAAUCGAUUGGGAGGAGGAGACACGCGUAUCCGGCGGCCUCGCACGCGGCCAACGGUCGCGAGAGCCCAAAACAACUGAUCUGCACAUCGCCCUCACGGGAUUGACCGGGUUUCUGGGGGUGGAGAUUUUGAAGGCCUUGCUCGUACGACCGUCAGCAAAAUCCAUUGUCUUGCAGUAG